CCCACACCUUACAUUCCUCUACAAAUACCCCACUUUAUGAGAAGGUCUCUGCACAACACUUGUACAUCAGAAAACAGCAUCUUCAAAGCAACGAGCAGACAGGAAGAAAGGAAGAAUCCAAAGAAACACUAACUUUUCAAUUUUCCCAUCAAGUUCAGAGGACACAGAUUAAAGGAAUGGGAUCUGUUGGAGUUCAGAUUGUUUGUGUGGCCCUCUGCGUCUUUGGCCUAAUCGGGGUCAUUGUAUGCUGCGCUGUCCCACUCUGGAAAGUGUCCUCCUUCACGGGAGCCAACAUCGUGACUGCACAGAGCAGACAGGAGGGCCUGUGGACCAGCUGUGUGGUGCAGAGUACCGGCCAGCAGCAAUGCAAGAACUACGACUCCCUGCUGGUGUUGCCCUCUGACCUGCAGGCCGCCCGUGCCAUGACCAUCAUCAGCUGCAUGUUCUCCUGCCUCAGCCUCCUGAUCCUAUUCUGUGGGGCCGACUUCACCACCUGCAUCGAGAACGAAGAUGCCAAGCCCAAGAUCAGCUUGGUGGCCGGGGUGGGCAUGUUGCUGGCCGGCCUCCUGGUAAUCAUCGCCGUCAGCUGGUCCGCUAACAGUACUGUGACAAACUUCAACAACCCCCUGGUGGAUGCUGCCAACAAGAUGGAGCUGGGAGCGUGUAUCUUUGUGGGCUGGGGGGCCGGCGUGCUGCUCCUUCUGUCUGGAGGUCUGAUCUGCUGCUUCAGCAGGCCCAAAUCUGGCAGCUCCGGUGGAACUGCCAAGUAUUACAGCAAUAGCUCCGCCCCCGCCGCCAAUAAAAACUAUGUGUAGUGGCUUUAUGAAGGGAAUUGGUGUUAGGGGGGAAAUAAGGGGCUACGGGUUAAGUUGGUAAAAGACUGGGAAGAAACAAAGUAGAUGACACCAGCGGUUGUUUUAGGAAAAACGUAAAAAAAAAA